AUGAAGACGUUCAGUGAGAAGGCGGUCCUUGCGUAUUUACUAUACUCGCUCAUCACUUUUGGACUCUUUCACUCGGCAACCGCACUUCCCAUUACACUCAAUGACGAUCCACUUCCACCAGCUACCGCUUUAGAAGUCGCGAUGCAUCCGGACGCCUUGAACCCUUACCCGUCUAAACCCCGUGUAAGAUUUCGCAAUGAUGGGACUUUCAAGAUAACUGUGUUCGCGGACUUGCACUUCGGCGAGAAUCCUUGGGACGAAUGGGGGCCACAGCAGGAUAUCAACAGCACAGCGUUAAUGCGCCGUGUGCUUGCAGACGAGGAGCCAGACUACGUCGUCCUUAAUGGAGACCUUAUUACAGGAGAGAACACAUUCCGGCAGAACUCUACGCACCUCAUCGAUGAGAUAGUCAAGCCGCUGAACGAAGCUAGAAUUCCGUUUUCUUCAACGCAUGGAAAUCACGAUAACGAGCCUAACAUUACGCACAUGGAAGAAAUCCAGCGUGAGCAACUCGUUGCUUCCCUCAGUUACACCCGCACUGCUCCGCCGGGUGUAGGGGGAGAGUCGGGACCCGGUACGUACUGGGUGCCUGUAUAUAGGCGCAUGUCAGAUCCUACACCAAUUCUCAUAUUGUGGUUCUUUGACUCGCGAGGCGGCUUCAGCCCUGGGCCUAACUCGACCCCCGUUCCCGAUUGGGUGGACGAAAGCGUCGCAGGGUGGAUUCAGGAGCAGACGAAGCUUAUGGACUUGGCUUGGGGCCCAGCGAAUGCUGCUCGAGGAGCGCUCGCCUUUAUGCUGCAGUCUGGCCUUAACAGUACCAAAGACCCCGGCCUGAAUGCGGAUGUUUUAGGUUCGGGAUCUACUCAGGCAACAACGAAGCCAUCGAAUAUAGGCGAAGAUUUGGCAUUCUGGCGCGCGCUGAACGGCAAUGUCAAGAAUCUCCACGCGGUCUUUUCUGGACAUGAUCAUGGCAAUGAAUCGUGCGUACGGGAGCCCACGGAAGAUGUGAUAUUCUGCUUCAGUAAGCAUUCUGGGUACGGUGGAUACAGCGAUGCUGGCUGGGGCCAUGGCGUACGCAACAUCCUCUUUUCGUCGCCUGAGCCGGGUGACGCUGUCGAGACGUGGAUUAGACUGGAGAACGGAACGACUCGUGCUCGUGUCAUGCUGAAUGCAGGUUAUGAUUGA